AGGGGCGGGGUCACCGAUAUUUCAGAUAAAUGCGGCUCAUAAAGCUGGGAGAAAAAAAAAAUCAGUGGCGUUUAUUCCGUAAGGAAUAAAGGUAAAGGACUCUAAAUCUCUGAAGAAGGAGAAAGAGCUGCUGAAAAGUGGUCGGACUACAGAAGUGUGAUGCUGGGAAACGAGGACAAGGCAAAGGCCAUGCACAGGAACGGAGCGACUAAACCUGAAGCAGAGCAACCUCUGAAAAAUUUAGGUGUCCAGGAUGAUGGAAAUAUACAGACAAUGCUGCAAGGCUCCACCAUGUUAAAGCUGCGUUCACCUCGCUGGCAGAGGAAACGCAUGCUAAAGUUGCAGGACGAUGGUGUCACAGUUCGUUGUGAAUCCAAUGGUACCUUCAGCAAAACCAAAACCUUCUCGGUAAUGGAGGUGGAAUGUGUGCGCGAGGGCUGUCAGUCAGAGAACCUGCGCAGGCUGGCUGGCUCUGUCCCAGAUGAACAGUGUCUGAGCAUCAUCUUCAAGGGGGGGAGGAAGAGUUUGGACUUGCAGUGUGAAAGUGUAGAGGAGGCACAGCACUGGGCCCGGGGGAUCUGUACCCUUCAAGACCGAAUCAACAACAUGAGUCAUACGGAGAAACUCGACCACUGGAUACAUAGCUACUUGAAGCAGGCAGAUUUAAACCAGGAUGGGAAGAUGACUUAUGAAGAAGUGCAGACGCUGCUUCAGAUGAUCAACAUAGACCUCGAUGAGCAAUACGCUCUUAGAUUGUUCAAGAAAUGUGACCGCUCGGUAGACAAUCGUCUGGACCACAGCGAGAUCGAGCUGUUUUGUCGUGAGCUGUUACGUCGACCCGAGCUAGACGCAGUGUUCCGUGAAUACUCCUCCAACGGCCGCGUGCUAUCCACAGUGGACCUGCGUGAAUUUCUAAAAGACCAGGGAGAAGACAACACACUUGUCCAUGCACAGAGUCUCAUCCUUACUUACGAACUCAACGAAUGGGCUCAGAAAAACCAACUCAUGACGGCAAAUGGGUUCACCAUGUACAUGCUGUCGAAGGAGAACGUUGUGUUUGAUCCAGAGCAUGGCAGAGUGUAUCAGGACAUGAAGCAACCGCUUAGUCAUUACUUCAUUUCCUCUUCCCACAACACCUACCUUACCAAAGACCAGGUCAUGGGCGAGAGCAGUGCCGAGCCGUAUAUCCGAGCUCUUAGUCACGGCUGCCGCUGUGUUGAGCUCGAUUGCUGGGAUGGAGAUCGAGAACCAGUGAUUUAUCAUGGACACACUCUUACUUCUAAAGUACCUUUCAGAGAGGUGGUGGAGGCCAUCGCUGAGUAUGCAUUUAAGGCCUCUCCUUACCCUCUAAUUCUGUCUCUGGAGAAUCACUGCUCGGUGGAACAACAGGCAGUAAUGGCCCAGCAGCUGCGCUCUAUCCUGGGGGAUAAACUGCUCACUAAACCACUUCACAAUGACCAGUGUGACAGCCUUCCCUCACCUGAGGAGCUGAAAUGGAAAAUUUUGGUGAAGGGGAAGAAGGAACGAGUGGAGCAGCACUCCAGUUGCUCCAGUUCAUCUGAGUCCAGCUGCUCUGAUGACGAGAGUAAAGCCGAGGGCAAAGUCAAAGCAAAGAAAGAAAGCAAGAAGUGUACGUGUGCUUCUUCUUCAAAGGUGUCUAAGCUGAGUCCAGAGCUCUCUGACCUGGUAGUGUACACUUGCAGCGUUCCCUUUAAAGGCUUUGAUCAGGCAACCAAGAAACCUCCUAAUGAAAUGUCCUCCUUCUCUGAAAGCCAGGCUCUAAAACAUAUCAAAAACUCAGGCAAGCUCUUUGUACGUCAUAACAGCCGGCAGCUGAGCAGAAUCUACCCGUCUGGUCAGCGCCUGCAGUCCUCCAACUACAACCCUCAGGAUAUGUGGAACGCCGGCUGCCAGAUUGUCGCGCUAAACUUCCAAACACAAGGGGAGCAGAUGGAUCUAAAUCAGGGGCGUUUCUUACCCAAUGCACGCUGCGGAUAUGUACUAAAGCCCAGCUUUUUGUGCCAGCCAGACUCCGAGUUCAAUCCUGAAAACACUGGGGGAGGACCAGGACACAGCCCCACUCUCCUUGUUAUUAAGGUCAUCUCAGCACAGCAGCUACCUAAGCCAGACACAGAGAAACUCAACUCUAUUGUGGACCCAAUGGUCUGGGUGGAGACUCAUGGAGCUCCCAUAGACAACAACAAGAAAAAGACACACCGCAUUGACAAUAACGGCUUUAACCCCAGGUGGGAAUGUACCUUUAAGUUCCUGUUGCAUGUGCCAGAGCUGGUUCUAGUUCGCUUUUUAGUGGAGGAUCAUGACUACACAACACGAAAUGAAUUCCUGGGCCAGUUUACUCUCCCAUUCACCAGCAUGCGUACAGGUUACAGACAUGUGCGGCUAUUGAGAGCAGACGGUUCAAGCCUUUCUCCGGCCAGCCUCUUCAUUCACGUCAAGGUCACACCCAAUUACAGCAGCCCCAAACACGCUGCCUCAGGCAAAGACUAGCCAAACAAGAGGAUCAUGCAGUACCUCGUCUUCUGACUGGGUUACAAUGGUUGAUAUUGAUGUACUGUAAUAUUUUAUAUACUGUAGAUGUUAAUUGAUUAUCCUUUAAACAGGGACUCACUGAGAAACGGGAACUGCAAAUUAAUCACAGAGACCAAAUACAAGAAGCAGAGGACUAUAUUUACUACAGAAUACAAACCAGGUUUUCCUCCAUUAAAUGUAGGGUUUUUUCAGGUCCCAGCAUUCCUGUAGGAGAUUAUAUGCAUUAAUGAAGAAACUCAAAACAUGGAAAGAUAUUUAUUAUGUAAUUAUAUUAUGUCUAUAGAAAUGACGAAGCAAUACUACAAGUUCCUGUUAGGGUUUUUUUUGUCAUGUAACUUGUUAAAUGUAGCAGUGUCUAAUCAUAGCCUUUAGGCUUCUCUUCCUAUGCAACUGAAAAAUCCAUUUGUUUAAAAUAAUACUGUGCUAUAAACUGAGCAGGAUGAUGUUUUGGUGGACUUGUGGUGGUCAAGGAUUGAAAAAUGCAGCUUUUUUUGUCUCCUGAUUGUAGGGAAAGAGUUAUUCAUGUUGGUAAUUUGACAAUGAAAACACUGAAACUGGGUAGAAAAAAAAAUGUCUCACUACAAAUAUCCAGUUCAGUACAAACCUUUCAGGGCUGAUAUGUGCUAUGCUUCUUAUUUUACAUUAUAUUUAAAAAGAAAACUUCACUGCUGAAGUAAUUGUAAAGUUAAGAUAAAGGAUAGGUUUUUGAUAGCAUGGUGAUGAGCUGCAUCAUUCAUUCAUAUUCUGCUGAUAUGAAAACCUGACAUUUGGGUUUGUGUAAAUUCUGAAUAUUUAAACAUGUGUUUGGUAACCUUUAUUAAAAUUAUAUGACUGUUAAAACCCUGACCACCAUUACGUAAGUAAGUCAUAUUAAAUAACAUUCUUCAUGCAGACAUGUGUUGUUUUAGUUCUACGACCACAACCUCAUAAUAAUUAUACGUUUAAUUUUGAGGUUAAUUCGCGCAUGUAAACCAGCAUCUGUUUUAGAGAGCAAUGAGGUUUUUCUCUAUAUAAUUCUCACUGUUUUGAUUUUGUAAAGUGAUAUUUAAAUUCUCUAUUUAUAUAUAUACCUUAUACAGUUAAUAGUAUUUUUCAGUAUUAGAAGUUCAUUUGGGACAAUCAUGCAUUUGUUUUCUAACAAUGCCAGUGCUUUAAUGCCUUGUUGUUCAGGUGUAGCAGGUGUGUUGGAAUUAAAGAUGCACUUAAUUAUUUUGUUUAGUCUUCAUGUGCUAGUAAAUGUAAAUAGUAAGAAGCUGAAACCCUUACUUAUAUUUGAAAUAUAUAACAGUAAUGGUGAAAAAGCAAAAACAGCCUAUUCGCACUGUUACACAAGCCAUACACUUAUCUGUGAGAUGUAUGUUACAUCAAUAAGUCUAUAAUAUUGUAAUGCAAUGCCAAAACAAUACAUUUGCAAUGUCAAUAUUAACAAAUAAACACUUUUUUUUUUGUUAUAUGGAAUUUGAGAAUUGUCUGUAAAUAAAUUCUUAUUGUUAGUCUAAGCUGUUGAAAAGCACUGUAGUUGUUAUGAACCAUGAUGCUGACACUGGAGCCCUCUGAAGGUGGAUGACUGGAAGUCCAUUUCUGCGUGUAACACAGGAAAACUGUAUUCACCCGGCCAUUGAUUUCCAUAGUUUUCCUAGCUAUGUGCCUACAUGAGUUUUAUUCCUACUAAAAAAUAUGCCAUAACCGGAUAAAAUAUGCCAUGAACUAAAAAUCUAAAAAAUAUAUAUUUUUAGAAAGAUUAAAAAUUUUAUUUUUCAUAGUAGACUGAUGAGAAAGCUUAGAAUUUAAAGUUGCAGAUGCAAUAGUCAACCAAGUAAGCUAAGAAAAGUUGUUGUGUACCUCAUAUGGAUCUU